GCGCCCAGUGCAAAGGCUUCGGCAUGCCUCUUCGACGUGUCACGUGUUUGGCGCUGCUUUGCGUACUGAUUGCCCCGUUCGCUACGCCACAUCCGCUCGGGCGUGCUGCACCAUCGGACCAACCGGCCGACCAGACGGGUGACAAUUUCGAGGGUGACAUACUGCUGUCGGACGAGCAGCAGAAAGAGAUGCGGAAACGUACUGGCAUGUACCUUCCCACGUUUAUCUGGCCCGACCGGACCGUACCGUACGAAAUAGUGUCCACCGAUUUCACACUCGAACAGACGACCGCCAUUACGACGGCAAUGCGUACUAUCGAACAGCACACCUGCGUACGGUUCGUCCCAGCAACUGCCACGACUGCGGAUUAUGUGCGCAUUGCGGGUGGCAGCUCUGGCUGUUCAUCGUUUGUCGGACGUAUUCGCGGUGCGCAGGCACUGCGCCUACAACCGAGCAGCGUGGGGACGGGAUGCUUCACGCAAGGUACGAUUGUGCACGAGCUAAUUCACGCACUCGGCUUCUACCACAUGCAGAGCGCGACCGAACGCGACCUGUACGUGGACAUCCUCUGGCAGAACAUUGUACCGGGCCGCGAGGGUAACUUCCAGUCGUACGGUACGGAUCGCAUUAUCAAUUACGGUGUCGGGUAUGACUAUGGUAGCGUGAUGCACUACAAUACGCACGCGUUCAGUGCGAACGGGCUGCCGACGGUCGUACCGAAGGUGGCAAACGUGGCGAUCGGGCAGCGGGUCGCGAUGAGUUCGGGCGAUAUACAGCGGAUUAGAAAUAUGUACGGGUGCUGAGCACUGGCGGGAGUAUUCGCAAGGAUGUGUAUUCAAGCCUGAAGCCAUGUUGUUCGUAUAUUACGGGUAACAUUGCAAGAGGAGGUGCCAUUGUUUUAGGCACACUCUGUCGAAAACAUAGGAAAAUAGCUAUGAUUAUAGUAAGAUGUAAUAAGAGUGAACUAGAAGAAUAUUGAAUAAAAUAUUGUACCAAUUUAAUGA